GAUGGAUAACCUACGUACAGCUAGUGUCCUGUGUGUUUGGCUCAUUACCAUAUGUACAGGCUCCCCCGUGUCCAGUACUGACCACCAUGGCGAUCUCAGAUGGAAGGAUGACCCCAACUAUUUUAACAGAACUAUCAGGAUGCCUGACGCUCUGUCCACAAAGCCAGAUGCCCUUUUGUGUCAUUCUGUUAAACUCGAUGACCGAGAAGCCUACAUAUUGAAAUACGAGCCGCACGCAACGAAGUCGGUGGCCCAUCAUAUGAUGGUGUAUGGGUGUGGCAAACCCGGAAGUGAUAAACCCUACUGGCCGUGUGGAGAGAUGGAUGCCGUUUCUGAUGAGGCUGUGUGUUCAGAUGGAGCCCGGGAAAUUGUGUACGCAUGGGCGAUGGAUGCUGACUCCAGGGAACUCCCUAACGGUGUUGGAUUUCGUGUUGGCGGUACGACCCGGAACAAAUAUAUCGUCAUACAACUCCACUACAAAGAAAAGUUCAAAGGAGACUUCAAAGACAACUCGGGAGUGACGCUACACAUGACCUUCACUCCACAGCCAAAGCAGGCUGGGUACUACGUGAUGGGCAACAUGGGACACAUACCUCCUAUGAUUCAAGGUUUUCAUAUGGAAUCGGCUUGCGACUAUAAAUCUAACGAUACAAUCUACCCUAUCGGCUACAGGACGCAUUCUCACAAUCUGGGUGUUGUUACAUCCGGGUACCGUAUCCGCGAUAGCGUAUGGACAGAGAUUGGACGCAUGUCUCCACAACUACCACAGACCUUCUACAACGUCACAAUCCCUGGUAUGGAUAUCCGACCUGGAGAUACUUUGGCUUCGCGGUGUACUAUGAGCAGCGACAGAGUCGGGGCAACGGCGAUAGGCCCUAGCAACAAAGACGAGAUGUGUAACUUCUAUAUCCUGUACUACACCUACCGGAAGGAGAACAUCCAGAUACAAUACUGUUUCCGGGAUGCACAGAACUUCCAGUGGAGCAAGUAUCUCGUUAACAUCCCAGAGGGUGCCAGCUCAACUGAGGGACUUCCUGCCUUCACUAGGGAAGAUCCCUUCGCGUCACGUGCCUUUAAACAUUCCCAGGAACGAGGCUUUGAUCAGCAAAAGGAACUUAUGAAAAAAUAAAAGACUUUCAAAAAU